UUAAACAUGUCUAGAGGUGAUCUGUAAGUGUAGUUACGGUAGUUGUAGCUCCCCUCCAGGCCGCAGGGUGUCGCUGGUUCUCAGCGGGCUGUGAGCUGAUCGGAUCCGGAUCUGAGGCGGAGGUUGUCGGUGACCAGGAGCAGCAGCAGCGGGCUGCAGGAUGCAGACAGCUGUCGGUCGGAAAACGCGAAACACCGUUUUACUGACGCUUCCAAGCAAACUGCUGCAACAUGCGUGCAUGCAUGUGCGUGUGCAUAGAGCGUGAUCGAUCUUCCGUGUGUGAAACUAUCGACUAGGCGCGCAGGGAAAAGUUAUUGGCCGUGGUGUUUACUUUUGGACGCAGUUUAAUAUGAGGAGUGACGUGAAUUGUCAGAGUGAGAGCGGACCGAUCGGAUCGAUACACCGAUACUGCUGAGCUAACUGAGCUAACAGGCUAACUGUCAGCAUGAAGGAUCAAUAAACUUAUCGACAGGUGACUCAGUGACAUUAACAACACCUGCUGGCAGACAUCAUGGACUCGCCGCUGGAUUUUGAGGAGUGCAUCAAAGACUCACCUGAGUUCAGACUGAACCUGGAUCAGUUUGAGGCAGAUGUUUCUCUGCUGGAGACACAGCUGGAGAAGGUGAUGAAGCUGUGCGGUAAGAUGGUGGAGGCGGGACAAGCGUACAGCGCAGCCAAUCAGCUGUUCCUGAGCGGCCUGGCGGAGCUCUCCGUGUACCACAAGAAGGACGGCGUCAUCACUAAUUGUCUGAACCAGUUCAACCAGGGCCUGCAGGAAAUGGUCAGCUUUCACACUAUGCUGUUUGACCAGACUCAGAGAGCCAUCAGACAUCAGCUGACCAACCUCUGUACACAGUUCCUGCCCCAGCUGGCAGAGACCAGGAGGGAGUUUGUGCGGAUCGGGGAGGAUCUGGAGACGGCGGCGCUGAAGAGUGCUCAGGUGUCUCGCCACAAAGCCGGCGAUGCCGAGCGAGCGAGUCACCUGCUGCUCGCCACACGCAAAUGCUACCAACACUUCGCCCUGGACUACUGUCUGCAGCUCAACACAUUCAAGACUCAGCAGAGAGUCGACAUCUUAAACUCAGUUUUCUCCUUCGUCCAAGCUCAGUUCACCUUCUUCCAUCAAGGCUUCGACCUGCUCAGAGACCUGGAGCCCACCAUGAAGACCAUGGCAGCACAGUUGUCUCAGCUGUCAGCCGACUGUGCAGCUAAAAGAAAAGACCUGGAGAACAAACACCUGCUGGUCCAGCAGAGAGAUGCUUCAGGGGAGCCGAUGGUCGGCCCGUGUCCCAGGAGCGAUGACAUCAUCCAGGGUUACCUCUUCAAACGCUCCAGGAGGAAAACCAAAACCUGGAAGAGAUGCUGGUUUUCCAUCAGAGACAACCAACUCAUCUACAGGAAAUCACACAAGGAGGAGGCCGUGGUUCUGUUCGAGGAUCUCAGACUGUGUGCUGUGAAAUCUCUGGAUCACAUCGACCGACGUUUCUGCUUCGAGCUGCUGUCUGUUCAGAAGUGUUGUGCUCUGCAGGGAGACUCGGAGCAGUUGAAGCAGGCCUGGCUCAGCGCUCUGCAGGGCAGCAUCGACCUGGCUUACAGAGAGAAAGCCGACGUUCAGCUCACACAGCCUAAAGAGCCCCUCCCUCUCCUGUGUGGUGGGGACAACUCGCCGGCCCCCCCCUCUCGGAGACCGCCGGCGCUGGGCGUGGCCCUGCGGGGCCCCGGGAACCACCGCUGCUGUGACUGCAGCGAGGAGGAGCCCCGCUGGGCCUCCAUCAACCUGGGAGUCACCAUGUGCAUCGAGUGCUCCGGCAUUCACAGGAGUUUGGGCGUCCACCUGUCCAAGGUGCGAUCUCUCACUCUGGACUCGUGGGAGGCCGAACAGCUGAAGCUGCUGUGCGCUCUGGGAAAUGAUGUCAUCAACCGGAUCUAUGAGGCUCGGUGUUCAGAGAGAGGACGAGUCAAACCCACAACUGACAGCCCGCGAGCAGAGAAAGAGAUGUGGAUCAAAGAGAAAUAUGUGGAGAAGAGAUUUGUGCAGAACAGCGGCUCAGACGGUUCUCAGCGUGACAAGGACGCCGCCGGGCUGCGUCUGUAUCGGGCUGCGCUGGCAGGAGACCUGGUUGCCAUGGCGGCGGCGUUGGCCCAGGGGGCGGAGGUCAACGGGAGCAUCGCUGAGGAGGAAGGACGCACGGCGCUGAUAGGAGCUGCUGUCGGGGGGUCGCUGUUGGCCUGCGAGUUCCUGCUGCUGAACGGAGCAAACGUCAACCACCGAGACCUGAGAGGACAAGGAGCGCUGCACGCCGCCGCCACCGCCGGACACACCGGACAGGUGUGUCUGUUAAUGAAGAGAGGAGCCAAUCAGUACGCUGUGGACGAGAGAGGACAGGACCCGUUGGCCAUCGCCGUGGAAACAGCCCACGCUGACAUCGUCACACUACUGCGGAUGGCCAGAAUGAAUGAAGAGAUGAGAGAUUCAGAAGGAGUGUUUGGAGCUGUGGGAGACGACGAGACGUUUCAGGACAUCUUCCGUGACUUCAGCAACAUGGCGUCGCACGACCCGGACAAACUCGCCAGACGGCAGUUCAGCCGUGGAGGAGGAGGAGACGAAGAGGAAGAGGAGGAGGAGGAGGAGGAGGGAGGAAGAGGAGGAACGAUAAACAGCCAGCAGAGUGUUGAAAAGACGUCAGAAUGACAGAAAGACUAGAAGCCCGUCGGACCGCAGACCCUCUCCAGAGAGACUCCAAAACCACUGGGUUGCCACGGUAACAGUUUAGACGGACAGCUUCACGUGACGGACGGCUGAUGAACAUAUAAGACUUAUUAAUAUAGUGUAGUAUAUUCUCAAGUACUCAGAUACUUCAUGUGUUUUUAGGUUUUGACUGAAAUAUCUCGACUACUGUUGUUGAUGGAUUUCCAUCAUGUUUAGUUGACACGUUCAUGUUCCUCUCAGGAUGAACUGUAAUAACUGUGGUGAUCCUCUCUGACUUUGCCUCUAGCGCCACCAUCAGGUCAAAAAUGUGUCCAAUACUUUAGUUCACGACCUGCAGGACUAACGACAUUCCCAUCAGCCUCGUUAAUGUUAAUUAGUGAGGUUUACAGGUGUGUUUUCUAGCUGUUUCCCCCCCCCGUCUUUAUGCUAGGCUAGGCUAAGCUAAGCUAAGCUAACCACAUCAUAACUACAUCUCACUCUUGGCAGGAAAAGCAAAUAAUCCUCCAAUAAACGUAUAAAUGUGACGUUACUUUGGGGGAAGAAACGCUCUCACUAAUCGUUUACAUGCUCAUUUAAAGUUAACAUGUAAAGUUACAGAUAAACAAACUCAGUUACAAACAAACAAACAACCUGCUCCUUCACACCUGUUUACAGCUCCGUGAUGAUGUCAUAAAGGGAGGAGGAGCGUCAUGUUUGUGUAGUUACAUGAAAAACAUCCGGCCUUUAAUAUUGUUAAAGAAUAUUAAUAACUCAGGUCAAUAACUGUGAGUCGUUACUAACGAGAGAAAAACAUCCUGACGGUUAAAAAAGUCGAUUAAAUGAAUGAAACUAGAUCAGAUUAAUUCAGCUCGUUUUUAGCGGCGGAUCUAAAGCGUCUCGUUACUUCCUGUUCUGCUCUCGCUGCUGCUGCUGCAGGUCUGCGUCACUUCUUCAUGGAGUUAGCUUUGAGCACGAGGGCGUUACACUUCAGAGACACGCUCAACACAAGAUGGAAGUUACAGAAAGUAUAAAUGCUGAUUCAUGCAGAUGUCUAAUGUUGUUAUUUAGACUAGGAACAUGCAUCUUUUUUUCUGGCCCCGCCCCUUAAAAUAUCCCGUGCAAACAGUAUUAAUUUGGAAGGGACCCAGCCCCCCAAAAAACUGCACAAACAGAUAAAGUGAAAGAUAGAAGCAUAUAUGUUAUUAUAUAAGUUAAACAAAAUAAAAGAGACAGAGCCAGGCUAGCAGCCCCCCCCCCCCCCCCGGUUUCCAAUCUUUAUGCUAAGCUAAGCUAAGCUAUGCUAACCAGGUGCACAGACAUGACAGAGGAUCAAUCUGGACGUCUGACUCUCAGCGAGAAAUAUUUCACAAAAU